AUGCAACAGUCAUCAUGCUUUCCUGAACAGAAAGCGGAAACAAAAGAAAGAAAAAAAAAAUCUACACACCCUGGGUGAGUGAGUGAGCGGCUGUAUGAAAUAGAAAAGGUCUGGUUGCGUUACGUGGACCGUCGGAAAUAGCAACGAGGAGUCACCGAAAGGUACGCCAGGGUAUCGGGCAUUAACUAUGGCGUUGAAAAGAAUACAGAAGGAGUUGAAUGAUUUGCAACGUGAUCCACCAGCACAGUGUUCAGCAGGACCAGUGGGAGAUGACUUGUUUCACUGGCAAGCAACAAUUAUGGGACCGAGUGAUAGUGCCUAUCAAGGAGGAGUGUUUUUUUUGACAAUACAUUUUCCAACGGAUUAUCCUUUUAAACCUCCAAAGGUAGCUUUCACAACAAAAAUAUACCACCCUAACAUAAACAGUAAUGGAAGUAUUUGUUUGGAUAUUUUGAGAUCACAGUGGUCACCUGCAUUAACAGUAUCAAAAGUUUUAUUGUCCAUAUGUUCGUUGCUUUGUGAUCCCAACCCAGAUGACCCCUUAGUACCAGAUAUAGCACACAUUUACAAAUCAGAUAAAGAAAAAUAUAACAGACUAGCAAGAGAAUGGACCCAAAAGUAUGCAAUGUAAAGGAAACCCAACAGAACUUUUUUUUUUAAA